AUGAUCGUUGCUCUUCUGGCGGUUUUGCUCGUCAUGCAUGUGCCGCCGUGUUCUGCAGUGCAUCAUGCAGCACAACCAGCUGCUGGAAGGCCCAACACGAAGCAGUACAUCGUGCAUCUAUCGUCGGUGUCGCCAGUGCUGUCGUACCGGGGGGGAGUCAACGGGCUGCGGGCCACGGCAACUGUCGACGAUGAGGAAGACGAGUAUGAGGACGAGGAAGACGCUGAUGACGUGGAUGAUAAGGAUUAUGGGGAGCAUGGUGAUGCUAAUGCAGCACCCCGAGAGGGAGGUGCCAGCUCAGCAGUGCUGACGGUGCAGCAGCUGAGUGAACGUGUGGCACGCAUCAUGCGCUCAACGCCGUGGGGCCGACUCACGCGACCCGACGUGCGGUUACCACACGUCCAGGACUUCACACGCUUCCUGGAAGCUUCUCACCGCAGCCUGCUGCAGUCGCUUAAGAUCCCAUCCUCAGCCAUUUUCCACAGCUUCGCAGCGCAGCUCACCGCUGCAGAGGUGAGGCGCCUCAAAUUGCACCCAGCAGUGGCAGACGUGGAGAGAGACCGCACAGUGCGAGUGACCUCGGUGCACUCCCCUGAGUUCCUCAAGCUCGACUCGAGCCUGUGGCCGGCGAAUGGUGGGCAGAGCAACGCGGGAGAGGGAGUAAUCAUUGGAGUGAUCGACACAGGGAUCUGGCCCGAACACCCCUCCUUCUCCAACCCUGACCAAAACGGAGUGCCUUAUUCUGCUGCCCCGGUGCGCUGGAGAGGCGUAUGCAGCACAACAGACGACUUCACGGCGUGCAACGGCAAGGUGGUUGGGGCGAGAGCCGCUGCUGGAAACGGAGGUGUGGAGGUGACAACAGGCGGCCGAACCUAUGGCACAGCUUCGGGCAUGGCACCCCGAGCCAGACUGGCAAUAUACAAGGCGCUGUGGAACACUGUGACAUCUGAAGGGGUCGGGUCGUUUUCUGAUCUUGUUGCUGCUGCGGAGAAUGCAGUAGCUGAUGGGGUGGACGUGAUAUCAUGCUCGUGGGGGGGGCCUCUUCCCUUGUACUUCCAAGAUCUGCCCUACCUGCGAGGCCUAAAGGCUGGAAUGGUCACAGCCUUUGCGGCUGGAAACUCGGGUCGGCCCCCCUACAGCAAGUUUAUGUGGGGCACUCUUUCGACUGCCUCUCCCUUCUACCUCACAGUGGGAGCAAGAUCUGCCCCUCAAAGUCUUCCUCCCCCCACCACUGCCCUUUCCCGCAGCACCAUGGGGCGGGAUUAUAAGGCUGUGGUCACCCUGGGCGAUGGAACCACCCUCACAGGGCGCAGCCUCGGAGGCAACACUGCCACAGCUCCCACAGCCACGCUGUCCGCUUUCACCGUCUCCUACUCCUCCAACGCCCCCCAGCUCGCUUUCUUCUCCUCCACCGGCCCCCCCCGAAACCCACUUUACCCUCCCGCACUUCUCAUCCGCGACCUUCCCACCAACGACAUUCUUAAGCCCGACGUCAUUGGGCCGGGGUACCAACUAUGGUCCGCAGAACAAGCCGAGCUGGUCCCCCUCGCAAGUGAUCUCCGCGAUAACUACGACGGCAUACACGAGGAAUAA